GGUGGCAUCCCCGGCAGCCCGACAAGCGCGGGGCGCAGCAUGGGCGGGCGGCAGGGCUCCGCAGAUUAGCCGGGCGCAUCUAAGCAGAGCCAAAAAGGAAAACAAAAAACAAAAAAGCAGCAGAACAAAAAGGCCAGCAGACCACAGUGGAAAGGCAGAGAUGGAGACGGUGCCGUGCAGGAGUUUGUCAUCUAAAAUUCAACUGACUCAAAUGAGCCUUAUAAAUAAUAGAAAUCAAAUCUCAGUUUCUUAAAUGGACAUUCUGUGCUUUCUGAUUAAUCCCAGAGGAGAGGAGAGGACAGGCAUCCUGGAACUCCAAGAGCACCUUUGGAAUGACCAGCUUCCAGCAGAGAUUCAUCCUGGCCUGUCUUCCAAGAUAAACAACAUUUAAUAUGUUGGCCUAUAUUAUUGAAUAAGUUCCCGCCUCGAUGUCUGAGUUCUUGUAAUGUGGUCAGUGUCCCUGAGAGCAGAAGCGGGCGUGCAGGCUGAGCACUGAGAAGAGGCAGCCUGCGCAAGGCUGGUCCAGCCUCCUGAGUUCCAGGAGCGGGUUGUAAACCCACCAGGAACAUGAGUGGAGAGACCGUCCCGGAGGAGCCCGCCUCCCCCCCGGCCCCCCAGGGGCAGCAGUACUUCGACCGCUUCUCCGAGGAGGACCCUGAGUACAUGCGCCUUCGCAACCGCGCCGCGGACCUGCGGCAGGACUUCAACCUGAUGGAGCAGAAGAAGCGCGUCACCAUGAUCCUGCAGAGCCCGUCUUUCAGGGAAGAGCUGGAAGGCCUCAUCCAGGAGCAGAUGAAGAAGGGGAACAACUCCUCCAACAUCUGGGCCCUACGGCAGAUUGCGGACUUCAUGGCCAGCACCUCCCAUGCAGUCUUCCCAACAUCUUCCAUGAACUUCUCCAUAAUGACACCCAUCAACGACCUCCACACAGCUGACUCCUUGAACCUGGCCAAGGGGGAGCGGCUCAUGCGGUGCAAGAUCAGCAGCGUCUACCGACUCCUGGACCUCUAUGGCUGGGCGCAGCUGAGUGACACCUACGUCACGCUGAGAGUCAGCAAGGAGCAGGACCAUUUCCUGAUUAGUCCAAAGGGAGUUUCUUGCAGUGAAGUCACAGCAUCCAGCUUGAUCAAGGUCAAUAUCCUGGGAGAGGUGGUGGAGAAGGGCAGCAGUUGCUUCCCAGUGGACACCACGGGCUUCUGUCUGCACUCGGCCAUCUAUGCAGCCCGGCCCGAUGUGCGCUGUGUCAUCCACCUGCACACGCCAGCCACGGCCGCGGUGUCGGCCAUGAAGUGGGGCCUCCUGCCUGUCUCCCACAAUGCCCUGCUGGUGGGGGACAUGGCCUAUUAUGACUUCAAUGGUGAAAUGGAGCAGGAAGCAGAUCGGAUCAACCUGCAGAAGUGCCUUGGACCCACCUGCAAGAUCCUGGUGCUAAGAAACCACGGAGUGGUUGCUCUGGGUGACACUGUCGAGGAGGCGUUUUACAAAGUCUUCCAUCUGCAGGCUGCGUGUGAGGUACAGGUGUCCGCCCUGUCCAGCGCAGGGGGAGUGGAGAACCUCAUCCUCCUGGAACAAGAGAAGCACCGGCCCCACGAGGUGGGCUCUGUGCAAUGGGCAGGGAGCACCUUUGGGCCCAUGCAGAAGAGCCGACUAGGGGAGCAUGAGUUUGAGGCCCUCAUGAGGAUGCUGGACAACCUGGGAUACAGAACAGGUUACACGUACCGCUACCCCUUUGUUCAAGAGAAAACCAAACACAAAAGUGAGGUGGAGAUCCCAGCCACAGUCACAGCCUUCGUGUUUGAGGAGGACGGCGCGCCAGUGCCCACUCUGCGGCAGCAUGCCCAGAAGCAGCAGAAGGAGAAGACUCGCUGGCUCAACACACCCAACACCUACCUGCGGGUCAACGUGACUGACGAGGUCCAGAGGAGCAUGGGCAGCCCCCGGCCCAAGACCACAUGGAUGAAGGCCGACGAGGUGGAGAAAUCCAGCAGUGGCAUGCCAAUACGGAUCGAAAACCCAAACCAAUUUGUGCCUCUCUAUACUGACCCUCAAGAAGUGCUGGACAUGCGGAACAAGAUUCGAGAACAAAACCGACAAGAUGUGAAGUCAGCAGGGCCUCAGUCCCAGCUCCUGGCGAGCGUCAUCGCUGAGAAGAGCCGAAGCCCGUCUACAGAGAGCCAGCUGAUGUCCAAGGGGGAUGCAGAUACCAAAGACGAUUCAGAGGAGACGGUGCCCAACCCCUUCAGCCAACUCACUGACCAGGAGCUGGAGGAGUACAAGAAAGAGGUGGAGAGGAAGAAGCUGGAACUUGAAGGAGAGAAGGAAACCACCACACAGGAGCCUGGCUCACCUGUAAAGUCUGCUUCUCCAGCACAGAGUCCAGUGAAGUCAGAGACCAAGAGCCCGGUGGUCUCCCCGUCCAAGUCUUUAGAGGAAGGUGCUAAGAAGACAGAAACAAGCAAAGCCACCACAGAGCCCGACACAACACAGCCCGAAGGGGUGGUGGUCAACGGGAGGGAGGAGGAGCAGACCGCAGAGGAAAUUCUCAGCAAGGGCUUGAGCCAGAUGACCACCAACGCUGACACGGAUGUUGAUACCUCCAAGGACAAAACCGAGUCAGUCACCAGCGGCCCCAUGUCCCCAGAGGGCUCACCUUCCAAGUCUCCCUCAAAGAAGAAAAAGAAAUUCCGAACCCCAUCCUUCCUGAAAAAGAGCAAAAAGAAGGAGAAAGUGGAAUCCUGAUUCGUGGCACCCCAUCUGCAUCCUCUCCCCCUCCCCCUCUUCUCCCGUCUUUGUCCCUGGAAACACAGGGCCAAGGAGGGGAAGAAUAGGGCCCUGGAUCACACUCUGAGGAGAACUUAGAGAUUGCCCAUCCAACCCCUCAUUUUAUAAUCAUCCCAGAGAAAUCAGGUGACUCUACAAGGUUACACAGCUAGUUAGUGGCAGAGCCUGUGCUGGAAUUAAGGUCCCCUGGUCCCAGUCAGUCCAGUGCUCUUCCCACUACACCACACUGCCUAGUUGUGGGCCACCCUUGAGGGAUGCUGCCCACCGAACUGAGCCCAGGGCAAGACCAGAGUGGGCCCAAGCUCUCCCAGGCUCAGAGAAAUCAAGUGUCCCCGAGAAAGUCCUUUUCCUCAUGGGAAUCCAGUCUCCUGCUGAUGGAGCUGUCACACAUUUAGGAAUCUCUCUUCUCUUCCAUGGGGCCCCUGUCCUGCUGCUCGCAGUAACCAGACAAAUUGACCUGCCCCCUGCAACAGAAGUUAAUCUUUGUCCCCAAGGGCUGAUGGCUUAGCUUGUGCUUCCCUGACCACUAACCCUGAGAUUUCUUCAUGGAACCUUCUGAGUGAUGGGCGAAAGAGUUGUAAGUGUGGCAGACAUAAGGGCAAGCCAGGGCAGCCAUAGGAUUGGGGGCUGUUUCAUCUAUAUAAGAAACCAGGAAGUUGACCCAUUGGAAUCAAGCAUCUCAGACCCUUCAAUACUAAAACCAAAUUGAGCUUAAGAAAAGGUUGGCUCAUGCUCAGGGCAGAAAUUUGGGAAAAUUUUGAGCCUCAGUUGGCUUGAGAUGGUACAAGGAGGAUCAAAAAAGGAUGCGAAAACCUAUGCCUUUCUGGCUUUGCAUGACACACAGAGCAAUGCAGCACUCCCUGCCUCAUUCCUGCUCAACAGUCAGGGGUCCCCUGAUUUUCCCUCAAGCCUAGAAACACUGGCUCACAGGCUGGAACUGUUAUCUUACCCUUUAGCACCUAGAACCUUGCCCUCUUGGGUUCCAACUCAGUCACUCUGGGUCCAGCAAAGCAGCAUGAGAUGAGCCCUUUGGGACUAGUCCCCUCGGACCAGCUGUCAGAGGAAUGCUUGGGUGUCCCAGGCCCUCUCACUGUCUAUCAUGGGUCCUGGCAAUAGCUCAGCCGUUGUUUUAAAUGACAACAUUAUCUUUUAACACUAUCUUUUCAUAUUCUUCCAUGGAGCAUUGGUUAAUGCACACCAUUGGCUUGCGGAAAUUAGACAAUCCAUUCUCUU